UCUGAUAUUAAUUUUCUUUUACUUUAAAUUCAUGUUGUUUAGUUGUCUCUAAUUAUUAAUCCUUUUUCUAUCUAAUGCAAUUUCUUUCUGUUCCUGCAAUAACUUCACAGAAGAGUCGGGACAUUGAGUAGUAGUGACUGUACCGAGAACUCUUACAGGCAAAGUUGAACAAACCCUAGCGCAUAUCAACAAAGAUUUAUACCAUCUGAAGAACAUUAAACAGACAGAUGGCUGCUGCAGAUGAUAGCUUUGAUCAGCAGAAUGAUGGCGACGAUUUAUUUCAGUAUGAAGAGGAGGAGGCAGGGGAGACUCAGUCAGAAGUCACCAUAACAACAGGAACAGGAGGACGUAAGAGACUUUUCUCCAAAGAACUGCGGUGCAUGAUGUAUGGAUUCGGGGAUGACCAGAAUCCCUACACAGAAAGUGUUGAUCUCCUCGAGGAUAUGGUCAUUGAGUUCAUAACUCAGAUGACCCAGCGGGCGAUGGAGGUGGGACGGUCUGGCAGAGUGCAGGUGGAAGAUGUCAUGUACUUGGUGAGGAAGGAUAAGAGAAAAUAUGCCCGUGUCCAUGACCUGCUCAAUAUGAAUGAAGAACUGAAGAAGGCAAGAAAGGCCUUUGAUGAAGUAAAAUAUGCUGGAGUGUAGACUUUUAUGUGCAUAUGUGUAUAGUGUAACUGAGGAGAAUAAUUAUAAGUGCUGUUUGCUUAUGGAAUAAGUUAAUGUUUUAGCUAAGAUUUUGAAGUGAUUUUAUAUUAGGCAAAUUUUAGGAACCUAUGGUCCAUACAGUGGAAAUGUGUGGAAUGUCUACAGUAGAGAGAGAGAGAGAGAGAGAGAGAGAGAGAGAGAGAGAGAGAGAGAGAGAGAACACUGAAGAUUAUAUUUAUAGGCCAUGAAAUACAAACAAAGGAGCAGGUAUCAGAGUUUAGGAGUGUAGGUAAGCAGAUAGUAAAUAAAUGGAAAUUAUGUGAAAGCUGUUAAGUGGGUUAGGAAUAUUUGGAUAUAUGGUAAAAAAUAUACUUUACACAUUGAAGUAUAAUUUUAUUGUUAAAAGUGUUUGUAACUUCAUAAGAAAAAUAUAAAAUGACAAUUUUCUUACAAAGGUUCUAUGUAACAGUUCUCAAUUUUCUGUUAACAAGUCAGCAUCAGACAGCCAUAGGUUUGCUCAUAUCCAAUAAAAUAUUUAAAUUAAUUUA